UUUGCAAAGUUUAAGCACUUGCAUUAUUGCAAUUAAGCUUUUAAAUUAAAAUAAUUCAACUAUGAGCUCCUGCAUGGAAAUUCCCAGUUCCUUGGGUAAGACCAAGGAAACAGCCCGGAUCGUGAUCAUAGGUGCCGGUGCCUCGGGUAUUGCAGCCGCCACGAGACUCCUUGAGCAAGGAUUUAAACAUGUGACUGUUUUCGAGGCGGAGGAUCGCAUCGGAGGUCGCAUUAACACCAUACCCUUUGGCGAAAAUGUAAUGGACUUGGGAGCCCAAUGGUGUCACGGUGAGGGGGGCAACGUGGUCUACGAAAAGGUCAAGGACUUGGAUGUCCUUAAGCCAACUGGGGAGUAUGUCAUGCACUAUAUACGCUCCAACAAGGACAUUCUCACCGAUGACCAGAGCAAUGCAUUCAAUGAAUUCUUACAAACUUACAAAGUGGAUGAGGACUACGAGGGUUCCGUGGGGGAUUUUAUUACUCAACUUUACUGGAAGAAUGCGGUUAAGGACACCGACGAUAAGACGAUUGCCAAGGAAGCCCUUGACUGCCUCAAGAAGGUCAUUUGCACCUCGGAUGCCUGCGAUCACUUGUUCGAACUAUCAACGCGGAACUAUCUGAAUUUUAAGGAAUGCGACGGCGAUCAGAAUCUCAGCUGGAAGGACAAAGGGUUCUGGUUUUUCCUAAGUCUCCUGCUGGGAGCGGACAAGGAUAAGCCCGGCGACCAGGGAACCCUAAAGGGUCAUGUCCGGCUUAACAGGCGAAUCGCUGAGAUUAAUUGGUCGGGUUCCGAGGAAUUACUACUUCGCUGCUGGAAUGGAGAAAUUGUCAGGGCGGAUCACGUGAUCUGCACAGUCUCUCUGGGAGUCCUUAAGGAGAAGCACCCCAAGCUAUUUGUGCCACCACUGCCAUCCCCGAAGCUGAAGGCCAUCGAAGGCCUUAACCUGGGGACUGUGAACAAGCUGAUUUUGGAAUUCGAGGAGCAACCGCUGCCGGAGAAAAUGCUGGACGUCAUGUUCCUUUGGGUGGAGGCAGAUCUUCGAGAGCUGCAAGCCGGAGAGUUCUUCUGGCUGGAAAGCUUGUGCGGCUUUCAUCGUGUCGAUGGUCAGCCCAAGAUUCUAGAGGGCUGGAUUAUAGGCGCCCAUGCUCGCUAUAUGGAGAGCUUAACCGAGGAGAAGGUUCUCGAGGGGAUUCUCUGGCUUUUCCGGAAGUUCUGCAACUUCAGUGUCCCGCAUCCCAAGCGCUUCCUGCGCACCCAGUGGCAUUCGAAUCCCAAUUUCCGCGGCAGUUACAGCUACUAUCCCACCUAUUCCGAUGAAAUUCGGGCUGGCCGUUCGGAUUUGGAAUCCCCACUUUCAAAUAUGGCCGGAAAGCCCAGGCUUCAGUUUGCCGGCGAGGCCUCCAGUCGUAAUCAUUUCUCCACCGUACACGGAGCCACGGAAUCCGGAUGGCGUGAAGCUGAUCGUUUGAUUGAAUUUUAUAAGGGACACGAUAAGAACUGAGUCUCCAAGGAGUAACCAU